AUGGGGAUCUUUAAAAUGGAGCAGGGAUGUUUCGGGAGGAAAUUUAAGUUAAAAAAAUUCUUCAGUAGAAGAUGGCGUGUCAAGCCUGAAGAGCCACAGCCCUUACGGCAUAUGUUCAAACUUUACCAUUUUCGUCGUCCACAUACGUGUUUCGUCUGCAAGCAAAUGGUCUGUAAUCAAGGAUCUGCUUGUGAAGUUUGUCGAUAUAUAUGCCACAGAAAAUGUGAAGGGCUGGUGAUGACAACAUGUGUUCCUCAAAUGAGCAAUGAACUGAGCAAUGAAACAUUAAACAGACAAAACUACUACAACCCUGUAAGAUCUCCUCCAGUCAACUCACAAGGCUCACGAGGUAUCAUGUCCAGUCUCAGGGAUAUGAUUACACGGACACAGGAUCCACCUGGAGAAGACCAGAUGGUCCUGGAUGUCACGUAUAUAACGGAAAGAAUCAUUUCCAUGUGUUUUGUAUCAGAUGGAAAUGAUAUGACUUACCGAUAUAACUUAAAAGAUGUAACUAAAAUGUUAAAAACAAAACACCAGGAUAAUUAUUAUAUUAUAAAUGUAUCUGAUAAAAGACCAGAUCUGACAAAAUUAAAUCCACAUGUAAAAGAAUAUGGUUGGCCCGAACAUCUGGCACCUCCCCUUGAACGUCUUUGUAGUAUAUGUAAAUCCAUGGACUCCUGGUUAAGUUCUGAUCCACAACAUGUUGUUAUUAUUCACUGUAAAGGCGGCAAGGGUAGAAUAGCAAAUGUCAUCGCAGCAUAUAUGCAUUAUAGUAGUAUUUGUGCAAGUGCUGAUGGUGCGUUAGAUAGAUUUGCUAUGAAAAGAUUUUAUGAUGAUAAAUUAGGAGGUCUACCACAACCAUCUCAACGAAGAUAUGUAAAUUAUUUUGCUGGCUUAUUAUCGGGUGCAAUCAAAAUCAACAGUAAUCCCCUAUUCAUGCAUCAUAUUGUUAUUCAUGGUGUUCCCAACUUUGACACGAGAGGUGGAUGUCGGCCAUUUAUAAAAGUAUACCAAGGGAUGCAACCUAUCUUUACAUCUGGAAUAUACAAUGUUUCUGAUAAUAUGCAGAAAGUAUGUAUAUCCAUUUCUCCUGGUAUUCCAUUAAGAGGUGAUAUUUUAAUUAAGUGCUAUCAUAAAAAGAUGAGAACGGGACAGAGAGAAGUAAUGUGGGGCUGUCAGUUUCAUACCUGUGCUAUCUCUGAUUACAAUCUGGUUUUCUCCAAACAAGAAUUAGACGAUGCAUUCAAUGAUCCACGUUUUCCAGAAGUAGGCAAAGUUGAAUUUGUUUUUGGACCACGUUCAGAUGCAUUUGUUUCAGUAACUGGAUUUAAAUCGGAUGUAACUGUGCCUGUAGAUGAAGGUGAUGACCAACUAAUUCGAUCAGAUUCUUUUGAAAAUUUUAAUAAAUUAUCUGCCGAAGGUCAUUUAGACAGAUUUAUAACCUCGAGUCACCAAUCAUCACAACAGAGUUACCAUCAAACAUCCAAACAGUACAACUCUCUUAAUACUAAUGGGCUUGUUUCUUCUAAUUAUAAUUCAAAUGUUCAGUCCAAUUAUGGAACUAAUUCGUUACCAAGAGACACAGUAAAACCACUAGAUGAAACCACCCAGUUAGACAACCUUCUACAAGAUCUGCUGAAUCAACAAAACUAUAUCUCCGGUCCGUCGAGUCCUUCCUCAAAAGGACAAGACGCCAAAACUAUCACAACAACAACUCGUACCUUUACAACCUACUCGCCAACUGAUUCUCAAAAGAGUCCUGACCGUGUUGCCAUCCAAAGAGCAGAAGUCAGCUACAAGUUACCCGGAACAAAAGAAGAGAAUCGCCAGUUAUUGAUCUCAUCAAGUUUGGAUGAAGUUGAUCGCAAACCAAGUGGAAUUCCUAGAAACGCAUUUACGUACACUCCAACAUCGCCCCGAGAUCAAUCGAAAUCUUAUCAAUCUUUAGAAAGAGAGAUGAGGACGGAAUCGAAUGUCAAAACGCAUACACUGCCCUAUAGAACAGAUUAUGAAAACAAGCAAAAUGACUCUUACUACCAUACGCUAGAUGGCAGCCAUUUCUCCUCAAAUAAAUCUGAAAAUGAAUCGUCAAAUGCAUGGCUACAGCAGCAGCAGCAUAAAUUACAGAGCAAGCGAGAUCAUGGUGAUUUCCGAUCUUUACAAGAAAAACAGCUUGUGUCUGAACUGAAAAAUGCACAGAAUAAAUAUUAUACUAGACGAGCCCAGAGUGAAUCGGAUGAACAGGAUUUCAUGGAUACGUCUUAUAGAAGUUUUAACGGACCGAUUUCUCCAACAUCUGUCCCAGCAACUUAUGGUCCUCCGAGAAGAGCCUAUAGUACAGAUGGCUUCUUCCCGGAUGCUCCAGAUAACCGCCAACAUUAUACUACACAGUCAGUCACCACAGAGACUCGAUCCUUCGGAAGUAAAAGUACGUCCAAUAAACCCCCUCCUUCGCCCACUCAGCAGCGGUUUCAACCCGUUGCCCCGCCCGUCAGAACAAGUAGUAGAGAUUAUAUGCGCUCCAGAUCUAAUAGUAGCAGUAGCUGGCAUCCACAGGCUCAGUCUGAGCCUGAUCCUCAAAUCAUACCUAGGUCAUAUAGCUCCAGUCAUUCGACUCCUCCUCGAUCCCCGAGGGCCCUCUCCCCCACUGGCCCUCAUAGUACCACCACUUAUACAACUUAUAGAACACUUACAGGGCCUGAAAAACCAAAGCCAGCGCCACCACCUCCAGAGAAACAUUAUGUGACAGAAGUGUUUGUUCAUCGAGCUGGUGGGGAAAAAAGCCCUACACAACACAAUGAGUCUUAUGACUCCAACAGACUGGAUGAACUGGAAAGAACGUUGCAGAAGGCUUCAGAAUCCAUCAUGGCUAGCAAAACACAGCAGACGAUUUCAGAGUCUCAUCGUUUUGAGAAUCGGUAUCAAGUGAGUAAUACCAAGUCCGAUGGCAUGACGAUGCGAAGUAUGUCACCUGUCUGGGAUAAUCCAUUUCCUCAGGUUAAAGAGCAGCCAGCUCCUAAAAAGAUCAGUGUUAUAGAGGAAGACAGAAUCUCACUUCAGCCGAUUGGUCCUGGUGUUCAAGUCUUAGAACCCGAGACUGGUUCAACAAAUACACUCAAUCGUCCAUUAACACCAGGCUUCCCUACAUCACCAGUGACUCCACCCUUCCCAGUUUCUCCUAGGACACCAUAUGCUAACGCAGAACCUUCUCGCAAUCGUCUUGUCUCCUCGCCAACACAAGCUACAUCACAGGUUGCUAUAAGAAAGGUCUCAGAGAGUAGUGGGGUCCAACCUGAAUUUAGACUCUCAGACCCUCUUUAUGCUAGCAUACCAGAAGGACAUCGCAGAGCUAAAGGUAGUGGAGGUGGACACAUUAUUAGUCCAACAGGUACACUUCAACAUGGACAAGGAGGUCAGCAUGGACAGACGGUACAGUAUCAGACAAGCAAUGUUCAACAAUACCAAACACAGCAAAAUUUCUCUAAUCAUGAUGGUCUAUCUAUAGAUACCAAUCAUCAAGGUACACUACCAAGAGGACCUGGUUCUGCUGGAAGCCCACCCUCACCAUCUAGUGGAUUAAACACCCUCCGUUCUCAGCUGACGACAUCACACUCUAUGUCAGGUGGUGCUCUCUCACCUGGUCCUCACUCAAUGACAGGUCAGAGUUCACCCAGUGUAUAUUUUGGACUGUCACGACGCGGAAGUUUGUCAUCAUUAGGUGAUAUUGAUAUGGUCCAUACCACACCUAAAUUUGUGAAAGACACAUCUAAAUUCUGGUACAAACCAAAUAUCACAAGAGAGGAAGCUAUUGUUCUUCUCAAAGAUAAAUCACCUGGAACUUUUGUUAUUCGUGACAGUAAUUCUUUCCCAGGUGCUUUUGGAUUAGCCCUGAAAGUAGCCACCUUGCCUCCCAAUGUACAGAUUAAGCCCUCAGGUGAUCCUCAAGCUGAUCUUGUCCGCCAUUUCUUGAUUGAACCCACACCUAAAGGAGUACGUCUAAGGGGCUGUAGCAAUGAACCCGUUUUUGGAAGUUUAGCAGCUCUCGUAUAUCAGCACUCUAUGACACCAUUAGCACUGCCGUGUAAAUUGGCUCUUCCAGACCCAGCUUUGUGGAAAAAGAAAAAUGUCACUUUUUGUACCACAGAUUCUGGAGGAGAGCUCUUCACUUCUGAAAGUACAAGAACAACAGAGAUGCCAAGUUCCGCGUCUGCUUUGUUACAGCAAGGAGCUGCAUGUAAUGUGAUCUUCAUCAAUACAGUAGAUACCGAAUCUUUAACUGGACCUCAAGCUGUAUCCAAAGCUAUUAAAAUGACAAUGGACAAUCCACCUAACCAUAAAACAACAAUGGUGCAUUUUAAAGUGUCCAAUCAGGGUAUCACAUUAACAGAUAAUCAAAGAAAGUUGUUUUUCCGACGUCAUUACCCUGUUACGGCUGUUACCUAUUGUGGUAUGGAUCCUGAAGACAGAAAGUGGAAGAAAGAUAUUGAUGUAUUAGGCGCAGUCCCUGAUGCUAGAAUAUUUGGUUUUGUUGCCAGGAAACAAGGAGGAAUCUCAGAUAACUCCUGCCAUCUUUUUGCUGAAUUGGAUCCAGAACAACCGGCUUCAGCCAUAGUUAACUUUGUGACAAAAGUAAUGAUUGGUCAAAGCAAACCAAAAUCUUAGAAUAGGAUUGGACAAUUUUGAAAUGCUGAAUGUAUAUUGGCCAUAUUACUAGCCUUGCUGCAGUCUUUCAUGCUGUGUUCAGUGUAUAAGUUCUAUGAUAUUCAGGCUAGAGAAAGGUUUUCUCUGUGGUCAAGUUUACCGAUUCUGGUUGUGUACGAAGUAAUAAGGAGAUAAGAAAUACAUAUUGCAUAAACUAUUUUUGUGAAUUGUUAUUAUGAGAAGAAAACCACAGUUAAAAAAACGACUUAAUGCUUACAGACUCUAGAUUUUUAGACGCUUUUAUUUUAUUCUCCGUGUAUUAUAGCAGUUUUUGUAUUUAAGAAAUGGCUUGCUGGUUUAUUUUUUGUUGCUGUAGAUAUGUUGAACGAUAGCAUUUUAUUUCUUGUGUAUAGUGUAAAAUGACUUUAUUAUUAUUAUUAUAAAUGAGAUUUGUACAUUAUUAUAUUCUAUUAAUCCAUAUAUUAUUUAGAAAUUGUAUAGUUAUAUUUAGCAUAAGGAAGCCCCUUCAAUAUAAACACCAAUAGUAAACAAAGGGUGCUGUUAUGGGCAUAGGAAUAGGCUCAUAAAGUGGAAAUUAAACAUAAUGUAUUUAUUAAUCUUAAAUAGAGGCUGGCUGCUGUAGUGAAAAUAAAUAAAAGUGCUAUUUAAAUUACAGUGUAUAAUUCUCGACUAUUUUCUCAAAAAGAAAGUUUAGGUACAUUUUAUGGACUAAUAUUAUUAUUGCUAUGUGUUUUUGUAUUUGAAUAUGUUAUUAUGAUAACAUGUUUUAAAAUAUAUGUUAAUCAUUUAUAUGUUGUCUUUUAUUACACUGAAGAUUUAUUAUUAUAUAUAUAUAUAUAUAUGUAUUAAUAAUAAUAGAGCUAUUAUUUCUUUAUUUAUAUAAUAUGUACCAUGCCCCUGUGUUUUAUCUGGUAGACUUACAAACCUCUUUUUAAUCUGUCUGUUCAUGUUGUUAUUAAGUUUUAAAAGCAUUUGCAAUAUGUUUUUAUGUGGCUCUGUUCAGUUAGUUCUCGGGGAAGGCAUUUUGUUUUUUUCUUUGUCUAUUGCUAAAUGUGUUUUAUUAUAAACAUGCAUACCUCUUUGUGGUUUAGAUGUCUCUUGGAAGUUUUUUGGUGCUAAGUUGUUGUCUUGUUUUGUUGUAAAUGACUACUAUAUACUUUUUAUUAUUUGUCAAGAGAAGUGGGUAGAUUUAUUAAAGGAACAGUCUCUCUCAUUUAGAUUUGAUGUAAAAUGAUCAGGUUAUCCUCAAAAAUUAAACUCAGUGUUGACCAAAUGAACUUUCUAGGUUGACAUUUAAUAGAAAUUUGGAGUUUUAUAACAAUUUGAGAGGUUCAUGAUUGGAGACUGUCCCUUUAUGAUCAAAAUAUCACUAUGUAAGAACACAUACCAGAUGCCAAAAUUUUAAAGUAAGGAUGUACGAAAGGUGUUUGGUUCAAAACUGAUGCAAACCAUCUGAUUGGCCUUAUCGUAGGUAUGAGCUGCAUAUAACUGUUAUCUUUAUUGUAAAUAUAUAUACCAAUUUAUGAAACAUAAUAUUAUUAUAUGAUGUUAAAAUAAUGUACAUGUAUAUAUAAUAUGUACAGUUUAUACCGUCAAUUAAAAAACCAGAUAUAUCGGAGAAGGGGUGCAAAGCAAACAUAAGAUACCAAUCGACAACCGUAAAUUAUAACCAUCUCUUAGUAACGCUAUUUAUUAUUAUUAUGGUGUAUAUUAGGUUUUAUUACUAUGUUAUCAGUUUGGACAAUGUUUGACUUAUUAAGGUCUCAUGUUAAGACAAAUUUAAAAAUAUUUUAACAUCAAAUAUUGAUUAUUUAAUAAUAAUUAAUUACAUUUUAUUUAUGGAUUAAUUUUGUUAAAAUUGUAAACAAUUUUUGUACGAGAUUCGUUUACUAACAGAAGUAUAAUUUAUACUGUUCAAAAGGCAGUGUUUAUGUGUAUGUAUAUUAAGCAUAAUUUCUCUUACAAAGUUAUUGGUCUUGUGUUAUGGCAUGGGUUUAUAUUUAAUUCUAUAAUCUAUACUAGAGAGAUACAUGCAUGCAGUUAUUUAUAUAUAACCCCUCCCAUAAUCGAUAGAAUUCAGAUCAUAUUGUUUCUAAGUUUUAUUUAAUAUGGUAAUACUGUUAGGUAGAAUUCUUUUUGUUGUUUUUUUUUUUUAUUAUUUUAAAUAAGAUCUGUACAGUCGAAGUUUGUUUCAUCAACUUCAGAAUAUGUUGACAUUUUAGAUCAUUUAAUUUUUUUGGCAAUUUAUUUUAAAUAAUAUUGAAUUUUGAUUCUAACAUUCUUUGUAAAUCUUGUAAAACAAAAAUUCAAAUUAAAAGCAAUACAAAGUUUAAAAUAUAUUAAUGUAUGUAUGUACAUAUUUAACAGAUAAUAAUGUGCCAUAACGCCCUUAAUUAUAGAUAAUACAGGAGCAUGCCUCAGUUGUGUUUGUUUGUUAAGAUCCAAUAAGAUUUAAACAAAGAUGAGAUUUUUUAAGAGGAGUAAAGAAGAGCUAAGUAGAUAAACCGACCAUUUAUGAACUGAUACUUGAAUUGAUAAAUUGAUUAACGAUUUAAUUUGGAUUAAUUAGUUUAAUCCCAGGUUCAUCUAUAGAUUAGUAAUAAAUCUGUUUAAUAUUAGGGUUCCCUGUAACCUGUAGAAGGGGGCAUAUUGUUGCCAGAAAUAGUCUUAAUACAGUCAGUCUUUUACCCAAUGGAAUGUUGACUUUAUUUAAAUGAUAUUAAUUCUUAUUACUGCAUCUAAAUAUUGGUCUCAAUUAUAAAUAAAAUCAUCUUUAUAUAAUAAA